CUCAUUUCCAGCUCCAGCUCCAAGAAGAGCAACGGUCAGCUUCCAAGCAGACUGUUUAUCUCUCGCCCGUCGUUACUAAAGGAGCUCUUGGCUGUGAAUCAUAUAGAGAGCAUUUACCACAUUUUUGUAGCAAUUCUGAUUUUACUCUUCUUCAACAAAGUGCUGGAGGAAAUAAUACAGACUGGGAGCCUAAACCUUGAUUUAUCACUUAUCAUCUGGGCCUUUGGUGGACUUGACCGGGUGAUUGUCAUAUGGGUGUGCAUGUUCACAAGUACAUCAGUCUUGGUAUACCUCGCUUUCCACCACUGGGCUCACCACAGACAUAAUAUGCCAGUGAUAUAUGAUGUGGUUGGUGGAGUGACAUAUGUUGUGUAUUUGGGGCUGUUUCUCCACCUUCCACUAAAGAGCCUAAUUGCCAAUGAGCUUCCCCCUGCAUCGUCUUUCAUCGUCCUUUGUGAACAGGUUAGAAUGUUCAUGAAAACCUGGGCAUUUGUAAGAAGUAAUUUUGAACAUGCUGUGAAAUAUAAGAAGGAUGAUAAUGCGCAGUCUGUGAAUCUUUGCCCAGAUUUUUCGCAUUAUCUUUACUUCCUGUUUGCUCCUACACUGGUGUACAGAGACGAAUACCCGAGAAACGAUACUUGCGACUGGCGGAGUGUAAUAAAUGACCUGAGUCAGGUCAUUGGUUGCCUGUUUUACACUCAUUUCCUUUUUGUUCGAUUUUGCAUUCCUGUUUUCCAAAAGUUUGGUCAAGAGUCCUUCAAUGGGACAAACUUGCUGGUGGCUGUGUUUUCCUGCAUGUUUCCAGGGUCACUGGUACUCCUUUGUGGAUUCUUUGCAGUCCUUCAUGCUUGGUUGAAUGCAUUCGCAGAAAUGAUGCGAUUUGCUGACAGAAUGUUUUACAAGGAUUGGUGGAACUCAACUUCGUAUGCCAGAUUUUACCGCACAUGGAAUUGUGUAGUUCAUGACUGGCUUUAUGAAUAUGUGUAUAGAGACGUUGUAGCAUGGCAGAGGAAGCAUGGUGAAGGCUGUGCAAGACUACGAUGCUUCCCAAUGUUGGUAGUUUUCUUCAUAUCAUCCGUGGUGCAUGAAUACAUUCUGUCUUUUGCAUUUAGAUUCUUCUAUCCUGUGCUACUUGUCAUGUUUGGAGGUUUUGGAGUUGCCUUCAUGUUCGUGAACAGUAAAGCCCGCCAGUUCAACAUCUUUUUGUGGGUGACGCUUAUAUUUGGCACAGGAAUUUUGAUGUGUCUUUACAGCAUGGAAUGGUAUGCCCGGAUAAACUGUCCAGCUGUCCAUGAGGGUUUUGUAGACUACUUAGUCCCAAGGAGUUUAUAUUGCAAGUUUUCUGCAGAAGCAUAAUAAAAAAUGUUUUAGAGAUGAAAUUAUAUAUAUAAGUGCUUCUGAUAUCUUUCCUGCUACCACAGCACCUGUUCUUAAUGGGUUUAUAGAACUCCUCUCUGUAAUAUUAGAGAGUUUAGACAGGUGAUCAUAGAUAAUAAAGAUAUAGUGUAAAAUCACUGAGAAAAACUGAAUAUUGAGUUUUAAUUAUUUUGAUAUUCUAUAACCUUCCACUUUUAUACAUGUUUGUUGCUAUAGCUUUUGUAGAUUAGUCUUUUAUAAAUUGUAUAUGUAUACUUUAAAAUGUAGGUAAUUAUUUUCUGGAGAUAUUGUUAAAUUUCAGGAAGCUUAUCACCUAUUUAUUACUUUGCUCUGUGAAGCUCUUUGUUUGACAUUCUCUUGAUAGGAUUCUGAUUUUGAGAAGAAAUAAACUUCAAUAUUUCUUGUUUAUAUUUAAAAAAGAAAAGAAAUGGUGUGAGAAAUUGUACAUUUUAUUUCCUUUGAAUGUGUAUACAUUUGAAACCUCUGACACUAUGACAGAAAUGAUAGGGGGUUUACAUAUCAAAAGUUAUAUAUAACUUGUAUACAAUAUUUAUUGCAUGCAUUUUUCAGUACAAAAAUCAUUGUACAUCUCAGUAUUUGUUAGUGUUAUAUUUUUUAGUUUCUUAUUCUUGUUUAUUUGACAAAAGUAUAUGAUGUGUGUGCUUUGUUCGUUAUUAGACUUAGAAAAUUACUAUUUAUGCAUUAGAAAAGUCAUUUGAAUUUCAGUUUGUUCUCUGAAUUUGUUCAUUAUUUUUAUAGUUUUUGAUUAAUUGUUCGGGAUUCAUAUGAUAAUAACAUUAACAAAUAUUACCUGCUGUUUGUUAUGAAAUUUAGGAUAUGAAUAGAGAAGUGGUAUCCAUUUGAAUAAGCAUUUGAUUAUGAAGUUCAUUCAAGUUUAAUAACAAAAAUGAAUGAGAAAAGUUCAGUUGCUUUUUACAUGUUGCCACAUAUAGAGCAACUGAUAACUACUUUGGUUAUUUUCCAAGAUGAUUGGUCAAGAGAAAUAUAUCAUGGGACAGGUUCCUGCUGAUUUUGCUGUGUGGUUACAAAAGCAUUUUUUCUCAUUAGACCUGGACAGAUAAUUAACUUCAGUACAAAUCAUAAGCUUUUUGUGCCUAGAUUUUAUGCAAACCAAUUUUGCAAAGUCUUUCCUGUGAAAAGAUAUAUGUAAAUAUAUGCCAUGUUAUGUACAGGAUCAGUUCUUCAGGAGGGAUGACAUUUGCUAUAUUUUCAAUCCAUAUGACAAAUACCCAUGUAGUUUCCAUUCUGUAAGAUGAUUCAUUCACAUGUAAUGACUUUGGCUUGUAACAUCACAGCAAGCUGUGUGAUAUGUUUCUUUUAUUGAGCUAAUCGUUAAUGCUCAUGAUUCCUUAUAUUUGUUUUUUUCAGGCAUAUGUACGAUUUUAUAUUUGAAAGCUUCUUCAGAAAUAAUGAAAUUUCUCAUGGGUUCUUGACUUUUGUUUCAAAAAUAACUACUUCCCUCUAAUUUUGAUUUCAUGAGAAUUAUCUUAAUGCAACCAUCAGACUUGCACUGUAUGCUAGAAAUUGGUAACAAUAAAUAUAUUGUUUAGAUAUGAUACUCUUAUGAAUGAAUUAGUGAC